AUGUUUUUUCUCAAAGACCUCUCGUUAAACUUGACCCUUCAUCCGUCUUACUUCGGCACUCAAAUGGACCAGUACUUGCGAGAUAAACUUCUUCUGGACGUUGAGGGGACGUGCACAGGUCAGUUUGGCUACAUAGUAUGUGUUUUGGAUUGUAUGAACAUUGACGUGGGCCGGGGCAGGAUCAUCCCGGGCUCGGGAAUGGCAGAGUUUGAGGUAAAGUACAGAGCGGUAGUGUGGAAGCCCUUCAAGGGAGAGGUUGUCGACGCUGUGGUGACUACAGUGAACAAGAUGGGAUUUUUUGCCGACGUGGGACCGCUAUCUGUCUUUGUGAGUACACAUUUGAUUCCCUCAGACAUGAAGUUCAACCCUUCUGCCAACCCCCCGGCAUAUGUGAGCCCUGACGAAACUAUAGAGAAGGGCUCUCGUGUGAGAUUGAAGAUUGUCGGUACGAGGACGGAUGUGAAUGAGAUUUAUGCUAUUGGCUCUAUUAAAGAGGACUAUUUGGGGCCCAGUCCGUUGUAA